UAGCAAAUUGCCCAUUUAAUUCAGCUCAAACCCACAGAUAAAAGCCAGUAAUAAGAACUCAACCCCCAGGUUUAGGGUGCCUCAGUAGCCAGGGUCCACUGUUUCAAUUACUUACACCCAAUCCAGCUUCUGGGCCACCACCGCGUUUGUGCAGCCUCGCGGCGCCUCGUAGUAGUCAGCCAAAAGUCUAACUCUUAUUCAUUACCUACCAAGUAAAAAAAAAAAACUUGGUCUCUUCAUCAUCCAGCGAAUUCACUCGAUAUCCUUUACGAUCCAUCCCUUACCUCUCCGAUCCAGCCAUUCCCAAUAUUCGUCUCCAUACCAGACACAGAGCACCCUCUUGUCCUGUCCUGUGCCUGGCCUCUCCCUUGCGCUGCUCCCACUGCCCUUGGAGAGGCUUGAAAACCAGCGUAUUCUUUUAAACAAGCAACCGUUUGUUGAUUCGGCUAUCAUCCUGUCGCAUUGGGAUUUGCGAUCCUCCCCCCGAUACGUUCCUCCCCGGCCUCGGGUUGGUUAUUAUCCAACCACUGUCGUUCAGCUUACCCCCCAUUCCGACGUUUGGAUACAUUGAAGCUAUGGCAUCUGAACAGGCUUACGGCGUGACGCCUCCCAUUUCCGUUCAACUCCCAACGGAAGCUGAGCUGCGACAAUCGGACGCUCUCCUGGAAGAAUUGAAGCGUCAAAAAACCUUCGAGAGUCCUGCAGAGACUGCCAAGAGAGAAGAAGUCUUGGCCUCGAUCCAAACCAUUUGCGAUGCGUUCGUCCGUCGAGUCGCCCAGGAGAAAGAACCCAAGAACGAGGUCCUCAUACGAAAUGCAAGAGGCAAAGUCUUCACUUACGGCAGUUAUCGCCUCGGCGUCUACGGCCCCGGCUCUGAUAUCGACACUCUCAUUGUCGCACCGAAAUACGUGACCCGCGAGGAUUACUUCAAGUUCUUCCCAGAUCUGCUUCUCUCGAUGGCCCCCAAAGAUGCCAUCACUGACAUGGCUGUUGUGACUGAUGCUUUCGUACCCAUCAUCAAGUUUGAGUACUCUGGCAUAAGCAUUGAUUUGAUCUUUUCUAGGGUUAUUCAGAAGCAACUAUCUCCCGAUUUCAAAGACCUCAAGGACUCUGGCCUGCUGCGCGGCCUAGAUGAGGCAGAGCUGCGAUCUCUCAACGGCACACGAGUAACGGACGAGAUUCUCACGCUAGUCCCCGAACAGAGCACAUUCAAGAAUGCGCUGCGAGCCAUCAAACUGUGGGCGCAACGGCGUGCUGUCUAUGCCAACAUCAUGGGUUUCCCUGGUGGUGUUGCUUGGGCCAUGCUCGUCGCACGCGUUUGCCAGCUCUACCCAAAGGCUACGUUCUCGGUGAUUGUUAACAAGUUCUUUUUGGUUAUUAGCCAAUGGCGCUGGCCGCAACCUGUUCUUCUCAAGCCCAUCGAGGGUGGACCUCUCCCUGUUCGAAUCUGGAACCCCAAGCUUUACAAGGGUGAUACUUAUCAUCUAAUGCCGGUCAUUACUCCUGCGUACCCAUCCAUGUGUGCCACUUUCAACAUUACUCGUUCGUCGAUGGCGAUUAUCAACCGAGAACUUAAGCGGGCUCUUCAGAUAUCUGAGAGUAUCAUGGUGGGCAAGCGCCCCUGGAGCGAUCUUUUUGUCAAGCAUACCUUCUUCACCGCAGGUUACAAGUACUACAUCUCUGUUACCUCAGCAGCGAAGACAAAGGAGGCCCACACGAUCUGGUCCGGUUAUGUUGAGUCCAAGGUUCGAAUGCUAGUGCAGAAACUUGAGCAACACCAGUCCAUUGCUCUAGCCCAUGCCUUCAACAAGGGCUAUGAACGACAACACCGAUGUCACAAUCAGGAAGAGAUUGAGGCUGUGCAGGAAGGGAGCCUCGAUUAUCUAUGUAAGGAAGACACCGAGCAGACUACUGCUGUUAAGAUUGAGCCCGCAGUCGCCGAGCUACCAAUCAAGGCUGAAAACGGGGAGAAUGGCCAUCUCAUCACGUCUGAGAAUGGUCCGGGUGACGAACAGGUCAAGACCGAGAACGGUGAGAAUGGUCGAGUUGUAAAGCCUGAGCCUACAGAAGAGACUGGUCCUAUCACGGCCGUGCCUGUCAAACCUGAGACAUCCGAUGACUCCAAACCAACAGACACUGCGACGGCAAGCGGCCCAUCCGACAUCUACACAACUACGCACUAUAUUGGUCUCGAGUUGGCUUCUGGUAUGUAUACAGCCUGACAUGUUUUCGCAAAUCCUCGGUGUUUGAGAUUUCCCAAUACUGACUCAAUAGGCGCCAAAUCACUUGAUCUUUCUUACCAGGUUGAUGAGUUCAAGGAACUUUGCACCUCGUGGCAGAAAUACAAGGAUGAUCUGAAAGAUGACGUCUCUAUUGGUGUUCAACAUGUCCGAAAGUGGGUUCAGCAGACGCUUCCAGACAUCAACGCACCUUGGCCUGCUGACUUUGACCCGCACAGCUUCAAUUUACCAGACGAUGUAUUCGACGACGGCGAGAAGAAACCCCAGAAGAAGGCUGCAGCUAAGGGCUCAGCAAACGGCAAGAAACGGGGGCCCCCAGAGGUAUUUAAGCAUCACCGGACGAAUUCCCAUUGCCGGCCAAGAUGCGCUGUUCCAGAUGGCACAUCCCUCUCAGCUAGGGUAUACUAAUCCUCGAAUAGGAGAAUCCUCCCCCAGCGAAGAGACAGCAAGCCUCGGUUGCCGCCGCAGGCUGAGCAUGAUAGCAUAUUUCGCGUUCCACACAAAAGUUGGCUCGGAAGAGCUCGACCACAACUCAAUUGUGCAUCUUGCACUGUAUCUCAAAAAUAUCAAGAAUAUCGGCAAGUCCAUAAGUGGCUGGACGAUUAGCAUGUGGCUGAUCACGUAACUAACAUAAGAUAAACAAAAAAGUUCGCUUUCAACCAGACUGAACUGCAUCAACUACCAUGGUAAGUUGGCAGUGCCAGCCUGAUGUGUUAAUGCAUUACUGGCGGCGUUAUUUGCGAUUGGAAGAUUGAAUAAUCUACAUUAAUAACAGCAGAAAGAGAGAGAGAGGCACGUGUAGUGCGGGAAGGGCAGCUGGCUAAAUCAACAUUUUGUGCUUCGCAGCAACAUAUCUCCAAAUUGGGAGCUGUCUAGUCGCCGGGUCGAUAACGUUGAAGACCUACAGCAACCUCAUAUUAUAUCUGUACCUAGGAAAUGGCCAUGCUAGAUCAAUACAAACUUUUUGAGGCUCGAUGAGCCUUGGGAGAUUUGCUCCAAACCUCUUCUUGUUUUUGUCCCGCGUGUUCCUGAGAUGUGAAUGGUGCCCGAGAUUGCUCGACUCUAUUCGGAUUUGAUGGCUAGCUCUAUCAAAUGUAUCAUAGGUCAUCGUCGUCAUCAUCACUGCCACUGAACCAGCCUUCUUGGUAGGCAUCCGCCAGUUCUGCGAGUCCGUUACCAAGAUCCUCUCUUUCGUUGACUGGCACAAGUCGAGCAGAGUCUGACCGCAAAUUUCUGAUCCGUUGCACUAAUGAGCUGUUUGUCGAGAGUGUGGUUUGCAUGCUGACAUCAGGAUGGCUACUGAGUUGGGGAUAGAUCUGGGGGUAGGCGUCCAGCA